UACAAAACAAUUAGGAAAUGAAAAGGGUAUCCGAAAUAACACAACAAAUCCAAGUGAAUGGCUUCGGAAAGGGAGAUAAGAAACAAACUCUCGUUGAAUACGUGUAUCAGACAAAGAGGACACACCUCUGGAAAGUAGAGGACUGUGACAUUCGUUUCAAGGAUGGCUCACCAUAUAUGCCAACCAAUACAUGCUAUGUUAUGGCCGUUCCUAUUGUUCAAAAAUCGGACAAAACUAUACUCGGCAUUCCAUUGGUUCGCAUCGACAGCAUAGGCGAGAGUGGAGGCCAGUUGUGUCAAUACAUUGAUCUUAUUGGGCUCAUUGUGGUGCAGGUACUUCUCCAACUCCUCCAGCAAUAUGCUCUUAUCAUGGAAAACAACCCGAAUUGGCAUAAUUAG